GCGGCCGGCACUGGCGGCAUCACUCGACUGCCAGCGUCCGUUCACCGUCCCGGACACGCACCAGCCCCGCUCAUCAUGAAGCUGAUUGUUCUGUUCUGCCUGGUGGCCGUGGCCCUGGCCCAGGACGAGAAGGAUGCCCAGAUCAUCCGUCAGGACUACCAGCUGAACGAGGACGGCAGCUUCCAGGCCGACCUGGAGACCUCCAACCAGAUCGUGGCCACCCGCUCCGGCCAGAGCUUCCCCGGCAACGAGCCCGAGACGGGCAGCUACAAGAUGAGCGGCGAGUACAGCUACACCGCGCCCGACGGCACCCCCAUCCGCGUCACCUGGGAGGCCGACGAGCUCGGCUACCGCGCCCAGUCGGACGUCAUCCCCACCGUCUAACUCCGUCCCACUCAUCACCCCUCCCACACCCUCCCCAUCCGUCCCGUCCCAGCCGGGUACCUUGUGAUAUGUCGUGAUACAUAUGUCGCAUCUUUCCCCCGCAUUAGCCCGGCGCGCCGGCGGCCGUCUCGGCCAGCGCCGGCGCUCAGUCACUGUUGUUCCCGUGCCAAUAUACUACCCGCAUCGUCACUGA